AUGUCGCCCUCCAAGCCGCUCGACAUCGCCAGCCCCCGCUCAGCCAGCACUGAGCUCCCCAGCACCCCCGUCCCCGUCUCCGUAAUCUCUGGGUCUCCCAGUCCUCGCGCGCUCCGAGCCCAGUAUGCUGGCACCCCGCCUCCACCCAACAUUCCUCGACGGGGUACACCAUUGGGCACGCCUAACAUUGCAGGCAACUCGCCGCUCCCGGGGUCCACUCUGUUAGCGGGUGUUGGCGAGCCAUCCUCUAGCGUUCCGGUCGGUGGUCUCAGCGCACGCCGCCCUUCAGGGCUGUCUAGCACGCCAGGGAGUGGCUCUGACUUGCACAUGCUUGACGAGCUCACCGACGAAGACAAGGCCAAGAUCCUCAGGAGACAUCUCGUGUCAAGGCAGGAGCGUGAGGGUUCUAUCAGUGCCAGUUCUGAUAACGGGGCUGUAUCCAAGCGCUCCUCCAUGUCCCACUUACGUACCCAAAGGGAGGAUUCUGAGCCAUUUCCUGUUCCGUAUCAUGCACCCGGUGCUGAUGUUACACAUAACAUUUACAAGUGGCAAGCGGAUAAACGGCGUCAGGCAGCACGACCCCGCGCCACGUCUUUCUCAGGUUCCAUCGCGUCGACCCCCGACCCCGCGUUCCAGCAUCUGCAUGAGCCAGGCGGGUUUCGUAGGAACUAUGUCCUCACACACAAUGGGGACGGGUCUGGCGAGCUCGCACCCGCCGCACCCCGCAAUUUCAUCGAAUUCCUGUAUCUUUUCGGGCACUUCGCUGGAGAAGACCUCGAGGAAAUCGAGGAGGAGGAGGAGGACGAAGAUGAGUUCCCCGAGAUAUGGCAGGCCCACGCAAUGCCCGACGCGGCGGAGCGCGGGAUCACGGCGAUCCCGCCCCUGUCACUUGUUCUGCCCCCGGAAGCGGAGACAGGCUUGCAUAAAGCGAGCGAGCGCUCACCACUGCUUCAGCGCUCUCGAUCGCGCUCGAAGAGGCGAAGGGCAGCAAGCAUUGGUCCACACGGCGAUGCGACAGUUACGCAGGCCGUGCUCAUGUUGCUCAAAUCCUUCGUUGGUACUGGCAUCUUGUUCCUUGGCAAAGCAUUCUUCAACGGUGGUAUUUUGUUCUCGAGUGCUGUCUUGACUUUCAUUGCUCUUGUCUCGCUGUAUUCUUUCCUGCUCCUCGUCAAGACCAAAUUCGUGGUGUCUGGAAGUUUCGGUGAUAUCGGCGGCGCGCUGUACGGUCCCUGGAUGCGGUACGCGAUCCUCGGUUCAAUCACGAUUUCGCAGCUGGGCUUCGUGUCAGCAUAUACUAUUUUCGUUGCGGAGAACCUGCAGGCUUUCGUUCUGGGCAUUACAGAAUGCGUCACGCUCCUCGGCAUUGAAUAUUUCAUCCUUUUGCAGAUGAUCAUAUUCCUCCCGCUUGUCCUCAUCCGAAACCUCGCGAAGCUCAGUACUGCUGCGCUUGUCGCAGACGCCUUCAUCCUCGCAGGCUUGAUCUACAUCUUUGGUAGCGAGUCAAUGAUCAUGGCGAAGCAGGGUCAUGCGCACGUUGAACUGUUUAAUGCGAAGGAGUGGCCGCUGUUGAUCGGGACGGCUGUAUUCUCAUUCGAAGGCAUUGGGCUUGUCAUCCCUAUCACAGAUGCCAUGCGUGAGCCUCGCAAGUUCCCCAAGGUCUUGACUGGUGUCAUGCUCUUCCUGAUGGUCCUCUUCUGCGGCGGCGGCGUAAUGUCGUAUCUCACCUUCGGCGCGGACGUACAGACAGUCGUCAUCGUCAACCUCGAUGCUACGAGCAAGUUCACCCAGAUUGUCCAGCUCCUGUACUCGCUCGCUAUCCUGCUAUCCGUGCCGCUCCAGCUCUUCCCGGCGGUGCGCAUCAUGGAGAACGGUCUCUUCGAGCACAGCGGUAAGGGGAAUGUGCGCGUUAAGUGGCAGAAGAAUAUCUUCCGCUUCUGCGUGGUCUUUUUCUGCUCCGGACUUAGCUGGGCCGGUGCAGCCGACUUGGACAAAUUUGUGUCGUUUGUAGGCAGCUUUGCUUGUGUCCCUCUCUGCUACGUAUACCCUGCCAUGCUCCACUACAAAGCGUGUGCACGCACGCGCAAGGAAAAGAUCGCUGAUAUUGCACUGAUGAUCUUUGGCAUGGCUGCUGCGAUAUAUACUACGUUGCAGACUGUUAACUUAAUGUUCGAGCCGGCUCCUGCCGAUUCGCCGUCAACGGGGCACUGUGAGCUCCCAGCAGACCUCUUCAUUGGGUCUCAGAUGUGA